AUGGAAAAAUCUUGGCUGGUGGCAGGGGACUUUAAUGAUUAUGGUAGCCAGAAUGAUAUAAGAAGUUUCUCUACAAACCAUAACCCUAGAAGGAGCCAAAAAUUUCUUGAUAGGGCGAACAACUGUAACUUGUUAGACUUUGAUAGCACAGGCCCCAAACUGACAUGGAUAAAUAACAGACAAGGCCUUGCCAAUACCAUGGAGAGGCUUGAUAGAGCUAUGUGCAAUGAAGAUUGGAGGACAAUGUUCUCUGAAGCAAUUGUCCAAGUGCUCCCCAGAACAUAUUCAGACCACUCUCCAUUGAUAGUCCACACCCAAGGCAUCCAAAGAGCCCAAACUACUAAUUUCUCUCACAAUUUACAGGCCUUAGAGAAGGACCUCAUCAAUCAGUACAGUGUCACUACUUUUCAAGAGGAAAUACUUUGGUUUCAAAAAUCUCGUUCUAAAUAUAUAUCCCUUGGUGAUAAAAACAGCAGAUAUUUCCAUGUUUCUACCAUAAACAAGAGGAGGAAACUUAAAAUUAAUGCCCUUAAAGAUUCUGAUGGAAACUGGAUCACAGAGAUAGAGGGAAUCAAGUCCAUUAUCUUGAACUAUUUCUCUGACCUCUUCAAGAAAACUGGCAUUCACAUUCUUAGCCAUUAG